AUUUUGAAAUCAGUUUUACCUAAGGGGUUACUGGUCACGCACUGAGGUCUUCCGAGUGUGAAGCUGUGAUUUAGCGACUCAAACAUCACUUUAAAACAGUCUGACGUUGAGAAAUAUUUGACUCACACAAAGAAAAGUUGGGACUUUUGUACCUUGGGACUUUUAACACAGUUCAGUCACAUUCUGCAUGAGCAGGACAAUAACAUUUACACAACUUUCAUCUUUGUACUUGAGCUUAAUUUUUAAAUUUCUCAUCAUAUUACCACUUAGGACAAAUCCCUUUAUGUUGUUAUAUUCCUCAUAUAUAAAUAGAUUUGGUGUUCAUUAUCCAUCAAAAAUUGACAAACGACACUGAAUCUUUUUAUAGUUCACAUUAACUUUCUCUACCUUUCACCUAAACAGUUUAUUGGCUUAAGGUAUGAACACCACCACGUCUUUGCCAUUGAUAAGUUUAUAUUCUAGGUUAAUAAUUAUACAUUAUAGUAUAAGAUUGAAGAAGACUGAACGAUCACACACGAUCAAUCACUGCUUCAAUAGAAAUCAUGAGAUUUGUAGCUUGUUUUCUUUCCUUGCUCAUUGCUAUCGGUCCAGCACAAUGUGGGAAUGUUUUAGUCUAUCCAACUGAAGGCAGUCAUUGGAUUAAUCUCAAGAUUGUGUUGGAAACAUUGGUGGACAGAGGACACAAUGUUACCGUUCUAGUUCCAGAUGCUGUGAUGGUAAUGAACGUCAAAGAGUCGGAUCCCUUCAAUCGUGUGGACUUUAAUAUGUCAAUGUCUUCUAAGGAGAUGUUUGCCUUCUUCGAGGAAAUGCUGGAGUUCCAAAUUUAUGAGAUUGAAAAAUUAAACACACUCCAGACUAUAACAAAAUUUUACCAGCUUGUCUCCAAACAUCUGGAUAUGGGUCUUUCGUACUGCGACGGCAUUCUGAAAUCUCCAGGGUUGUUGGAUAAAUUGCAACAGGGGAAGUUUGAUGUUAUUUUGUCCGACCCAAUGUUCCCAUGCAGCGAUAUAUUGGCCGAAAAGUUAAACAUUCCCUUGGUGUACACGUUUCGAUUCUCCGUCGCUAAUGCUGCAGAGAGGAUGUGUGGUCAGAUCCCAGCUCCACCAUCAUAUGUACCAGGAACCAUGAGUAAACUCACAGACAAGAUGAGUUUUACAGAGCGAAUCCGGAGUCUGCUCUUCUACCUUUUACAAGAUGCUUUUUCCAAAAUUAUGUGGAACAAGUAUGACAACUACUACACUGAAUAUUUAGGAUGGCCCAGUUCCUAUUGUGAGAUGAUGGGUAAAGCUGAUAUCUGGUUAAUCAGAACCUACUGGGACUUUGAGUAUCCACGGCCAUUCCUGCCCAACUUCAAAUACGUUGGUGGGAUUCACUGCACCCCUGCCAAACCGUUACCUAAGGAUAUGGAGGAGUUUGUGGAGAGUUCAGGAGAUGAUGGGAUAGUGGUGUUUUCUCUGGGGUCUAUGGUAAAAAAUAUGACCAAAGAGAAGAGCAAUACAAUCGCUUCUGCACUGGCACAGAUACCUCAGAAGGUCUUAUGGCGAUACAUGGGGGAGAAGCCCGAUACUCUUGGACCAAACACCAGAAUCUAUGACUGGAUCCCUCAAAAUGAUUUAUUGGGUCAUUCUAAAACCAGAGCAUUUAUAACUCAUGGAGGCACUAAUGGUAUAUAUGAAGCCAUAUAUCACGGUGUACCGAUGGUCGGCAUCCCGUUGGUUGGUGACCAGCCUGAUAACAUGGUCCAUAUGAAAGCCAAAGGAGCGGCUGUUAUCAUGGACUUCAACAAUAUGAAGACUGAAGAUCUCUUAGACGGACUCAACGCCGUCAUUACCGACACCUCAUAUAAAGAGAAUGCUAUGCGGUUAUCCAGGAUUCAUCAUGACAGACCGAUGAAGCCUCUGGAUGAAGCAGUUUUCUGGAUUGAGUUUGUCAUGCGUAAUAAAGGUGCUAAACAUCUGCGUGUUGAGGCUCAUAAUCUUACCUGGUAUCAGUAUCACUGUCUGGAUGUGUUUGCUUUUCUAUUCACUAUUGUGACUGCAGUCCUCUACAUCUUCUUUAAAAUCUGUAAGUGCCUUAUAAUACGUUACUGUUUUAGAACAAAUCAGAAAAGCAAGAGGGAGUGAAACAGAUUUUAAUAAAGAUUCUUUUAAAUCUAUUAUAAUUCUUUGCAAAAACACUGUCUAUUAUACACUAAUGCUAACAAAUAAUAAUUAAAAUGUUAAUAUUGUUUUCAAAUUCAGAUUUAAAUAUUUAUUUUCCUACAGUAAAGGAUAAAACCAGCGAUUAUGAGAUGCAUGGUUGUCAAUGCA